UCUCACUCAUUGUGAUUUCAUUUUAUUUUUUCAUUCGCUGAAAUUUUGGCUUCAAAUUCGCCAGGAAAAAAAGAUAAAUCAAUUUUUGUCCAAGAAACGUAAAAUUUAUAAAAGUUCAUAUAGUUUAUGAAAAAGUUAAAAAACAUAGAAUCAGUGAAUGCAUUAACAAUUGCUCCAAUUAUUAGUUAUUUGGGAAAAAGAACUGUACAUAAGGAGUUCUAGUGAAACGAGGUAAAGUUGAAAAGGUGCAAGCUGUCACCGGUUUCGGGUCGGUGUGUGCUCGCGUAAAAGUGGUACGCGUAUGUAUGUGUAGAAAAAAUAUUUGAGAAAAGAGUGGAAAAGAUUUUAAUCCUCCGUCACACUGCCACACUUAAUAUAGUGUGUCUGCGGCGGAUAACUAUUCUUCGGACCAUAUUGGGAAAAUAAUUUUAUAUAAAAUAGGCGAAACAAACAAAUAUGGCUGACGGCGUGGUAUUGGAUCUCUAUGCAGAAGAUUUAGAUACACAAAAUCAGGAUGAAUUUGCUGGCGAUGGGGUUGAUUUGUAUGAUGAUAUAGGAGGGGCGCCAGAAGCAUCCAGUAGUGGUGCUGCAAUAGCACCAGCAACGGGUGGUGGAGAAAGUCCCAGCGCAGGCAAUAAUGGCGCAGAGGGUGGUGCUGCAAAUGCCGGAACAAAUGGAGUCUACCAUCAAGGUGCUGGUAGUUUGGCUCCCAAUCAAGCUGGUAGGCGUUUUCAAUUGUAUGUGGGAAAUUUGACUUGGUGGACAACCGAUCAAGAUAUUGCCAAUGCUAUACGCGAUAUUGGAGUCACUGAUUUUCAAGAAGUAAAGUUUUUCGAGAAUCGGGCCAAUGGCCAGUCCAAAGGAUUCAGUGUUGUAUCAUUGGCUUCGGAAAAUAGUAUGCGCUUGGUUUUGGAGCGUUUGCCGAAAAAAGAGUUGCAUGGCCAGGCGCCAGUUGUCACAUAUCCAACAAAGCAGGCCUUAAAUCAAUUUGAGAGUCUACAGAAAACUCGUCCAGUACCGCCGCCACAACAAAAUGGACCACCAAGAGGCCCGGCGCCACCAAAUAUGAUGCCAGGAGGCCCAAUGCCACCACACCCGGGUGGACCACAAGGCGUACCGCCAGGACAUCAGCCACGUAUGCCUAUGAAUCCAAAUAUGCCACCAGGUCAAUUUAGGCCACAGCAUAUGCCACCCCAAGGACCGCCAGUAGGCCAGGGACCUCCAAGAAUGCAGCCACCAAUGCAUCAGGGUCCGCCGAUGGGACCGCAACAAGGGAUGCAAGGACCACCGCGAUUUGGCCAACAACAGUCACAAUGGCCGGGGCAGCCGCGUCCGAAUGGUCCACGACCAGGACCUAUGAAUGGGCCACCGCAACGUCCGCCACAAAUGUUUCAGGGACCUCCCGGCGGCAUGCCAAUGCGCGGCCCCAGACCAGACUGGAGGCCUCCAAUGCAUGGAGGCUUUCCGCAGGGACCGCCAGGUGGUCCACCACAGGGACCACCACAUAUGCAAGGUCCACCAAGGGGUCCUCCGGGUGGCCCUCCUCAAAUGGGUGGUCCUGGUGUUCCUCCACCAGGCGGACCUCAUGGAGCACCUGGUGGUCCAGCUCCACAUGUAAAUCCCGCAUUCUUUAAUCAGCCAGGCGGUGGACCUCCACAACACCCAGGGGGUCCGCCGAUGAGUGGUGGUCCACCACAUGGUCCACCCGGACCCCAACAGGGAAUGAAUAUGCCACCCCAACACGGUCCACCUCCCCAUUUCGCUCAGCAGGGAGCACCUCGGGGGCCUUGGCCCGGUCCGCCAGGACCAGUUAAGCAACAAACGUUCCCAGAUCCCCAACAGCCCAUGGGACCUCAAUUAAGUGAAGCAGAAUUUGAAGAAAUAAUGGGCCGCAAUCGCACCGUCAGCAGUUCGGCCAUUGCGCGUGCAGUAUCUGAUGCCGCAGCCGGUGAAUAUUCCAGCGCAAUUGAAACUUUAGUCACAGCAAUCUCAUUGAUCAAACAAUCGAAGGUGGCUCACGAUGAACGUUGUAAAAUAUUGAUCAGCUCGUUACAAGAUACAUUACACGGCAUUGAAACAAAAAGCUACAACAGACGCGAACGGUCAAGAUCACGCGAAAGAUCACAUCGGCAAAGACCGCGACGCGAAAGAUCUUCAUCACGAUAUCGUGAAAGAUCACGCGAAAGAGAACGUGAUCGCGAAAGGGAACGAGAUCGUGAUGCUGGAGGAUCCCGUAAACUUGAUGUCGUAGCUAAUAAUUAUCGUGAUCGCUCAAGAAGCCGUGAACGAGAACGACCCAGUGCCAACGACCACUAUCGUGAUGAUAGCUCCAGCCGCUCGGCAAGAGCUCGAAAAACACCAGAGCCUACGGGCGGAGACGUAGGCACCGAAGCGCCAUCGAAACGUAGUUACUACGAAGAACGUUAUCGAUCAUCCGAUCGUGAUCGGGAACGUGAGCGGGACCGUGAUCGCGAACGUGAUCGCGACCGUGAUCGUGAGCGUGAACGCGACAGAGAACAUCGUUCCAGACAUUAGUCACAUUGACAGAAGUACACAUAGAAGAUUAUUUAACUUGCAACAAGUGAUCAUCGAUCGUUACCUUUAUAAAUAGCCACACCCAAUUAAUGAUCCUAAUCCUAUGAUUUAGAUAUUAUCAGAAAUUCAAAUUGUAUUGAAAAAAACAAGAGACUACCUAUCCUAUCUAAUAUAAUUUUGGGACAGCUGAAAUGCGGAUUAAGAUCUUUCAACCUAAAUACCCAAAAUGACGCUAUGAUAUUCAUAUAUGGAAUGAAAGAACAAUUGAGAUAUGGACUGUGUGUGCAAACAUUGCGCUGCAAUUUAAAAUCAAAAGCCUGAUUAAUCCCAAUCUCAGUCCGCUGCAAAAAACAAUAUUCUCACCACUCCUUUAUUUCUUAUUUAAUAUCAUCAAUCUUAGACACUAAUAACUACGCCUACACAUACAUACAUUGUUUGUAAAUUGAUAUUUCAGUUUAUUAAUAAAAAUACAAAAUAUAUGAGAUAAUUAUAAAAAAAGUGUUGGAAUUCGUAUCACUGACAAACUCCAAAAGAAAAAAAACACAUUUACCAUUUGUACCAAAGAAAUGUAUGUACUUAGUUUAUUGUUUCUAGAAAUUAAGCUUCCUCAUUUCCCCAUGUACAAUUGAAAUUUGUUUCAUUAUUAUUAACUAUGUAAAUUUUUGCCAGGGGAAACUUGAUAUAAUUUUUGUACUUCAAUAUCAAAAAUAAUAAUUAAGAUUAGUUUUUGUAAUUCUCAUAGAAAAUGGAAAAAUAUGCAAACCGCUACAAAAUAUGCAUAUUGAUUAAAUAUGUGGCCUUUGAAAUAUA